AUGGAAACGCAUGAAAAGGACAUUCCACACGCUCCCUGCAGCGAGCAAUUCAUCUCGGAUCUACAACCCAGACGCUCUACCACCUCUUCUUCUCCCUCUUCCUCUUCUUCUCCCGCAUCUUCUUCCUCUUCUUCUCCCGCGUCUUCUUCCUCUUCGUCUUCCUCUUCUUCCUCCUCUUCUUCUUCCUCUUCUUCUUCCUCUUCGUCUUCCUCUUCGUCUUCUUCCGCUGGUUCGCGGGAGGAGGCUCUGUUUCCUUCUCUCGAGUACAAGGAAGAGGUGGUCAGCAAACUGAUGAAGGAAGACGCGUUGGCGGUUGUGGCACGAGGCCUGGAUGCCCACGGAAUUCUCUUGCUUCUUCUGCGGCGUCUCCAGUGUCAGCCCAGAGCGGGGUCGCCAGACGCAGGUUCGAGUGGACGUACACCUGGGCUGUGCGUCGGCAGUCGGGCGUUUCCGAAACUCAUUUUUGUCUUGAACGUUUCUCAGGAAGAAUGCGAACUCCUGCAACUGCGCCAAGUCCUGCUCGAGGAGCAAAUUUCCGAGCGCGAGAGACUUCUCCAAGUCGUCGAAAAGCAAAGACACGCACGCCAGGCCUGUCGAGGGACAGAACAGGCCUUGCCUCGCCAGCCAGCCUCACUAGACGGCUCUGAUGCGGCAUUCGGCGCAUCUCCGAGCCCGCAAACGUUUUCUGCUUCUUCCUCCCCUCUCGCCGUCUCUUCUCUGUCGCCAGUUCAGCCCAGCUCCUCGCCACCUUCAACCGCGCUCAGUGUCCCUUCGUCGUUCUCUUCUGAUUCUUCUCUCUCGUCUUCUCUCUCUCAUCUUUCUUCUCGUUCCUCUUGUCUUUCUUCUUCGCUGAUGCUUCGUUAUGUCGGCAGCGGGUUGGGGCCGAGCUGUGAGGGCUCCACGACGUGGCCUCAGAGGGAGAAACUGUACGCGAAGGGCGGCUGUUUCUCCGUGUCUUCCCGCGUCCUGGUCGGCGAUUUGCUGUCUGGGAAACUUCCGCCGGAAGUGAUCGACUGCAUCAUUGUGAUGCAUGCAGAAACCGUGUGCAAGGGCUUCAACGAGGCCUUCAUUGUUCGGCUGUACAGACAGCGCAACCGCCUGGGCGGCCUCAAGGCGAUCUGCGACAACCCCUCCGCCUUCUUCUCGUCCUUCCUGAGCAGGAAGCACAACGUCUCGAUUUUCGGCCUGCUCGAAAGAACCAUGAAACAGUUGUGGAUCCAAAAAGUUCACCUCUUCCCCAGAGAUUCCCCCGUCGUCCAACGGAGUCUGGAGGCCGCGGAGCCUGAGAGCCUCGAAGUGGUCCUGCAGCCGUCGACGUCGACUCUGGAGAUUCAGCGGGCUGUCAUUCUGAUGCUCCAGUCCGGACUUGACUUCUUGAAGCGGAUUCGCCUGCUCAACCUCGAAAAUAUCCAGGAUGCACAGACCCUCAUCGUCGGCGGUAGGGCCACAGUCGCAGCCAAGGCCGCGGCUCUUCUCGCGCAACUCGCGGAUCAAGAAGAGCGACAGAGAGAGGAAGGAGAGAGCGCAGGAGAGCGAGCGGGAGAGCGAGAAGAGAAGGACGCGGAGGGUGCGAGGCCGCAUGCUUCGCCCUUCUCGGCAAAGCUCGGGGGAAGUGCGGGCGUCGAGGCUUUCGCGGCCUCGGUGAAAGAAAGUGCGGAAGCGGUGUGGCACAAACUGGAUGCAAAAAGUCGGCAAUUUGUUGCGGAUCUCGGCGUGCUGCGGAAUCUGUUGUGGCGGCUCUACCGACUGGACGCUGUCGCCUUCUUUUCCCUAGUAGAGACGCUGAAAGCCUCCAAGGUGCUCGACCCCGGGUGGAUGUACACCACAGAAAUGCACGUUCUUCUUCAUCGCGCGCAAAACAGAGUAUUUUGUUUGCAGCGCAUCCCGCACUCAGAACUGCUUCGGCAGCGAGAGAAGGCAAACCGAGCCAGGCAUGCCCAGCUGAGAGGCGUCGCCGCAGCCUGCGAAGGACUAGACGGAGUCGUUUGCGUCGACUCGGCGAGCGAUUCUGGAGACAACGCAGGUGACAGCAAAGAAGAAGAGAAAGAUUCUCUGUCUUCGCGUUCCGCUGCUCAAGACGCCGCGCAAACGUCGACGCAAGACACAGGCAGAGAACCCUGUUCCUCUCCUCCUUUUUCAUCUUCUUUUUUCUCCGCUUCUUCUGCGUCGGCGCCGUGCCCGCGCUUGAGGGCGCGUCGUGAGCCUUUGGUGAAGAAAGCGGUUCUGGUGUGCGAACCAAAUGCAAAGUGGGGAUGGCUGAUUCAGUUUCUCUGGCGCUGCGAAGUCAGCGACGCGAUCUACCGAAAACUUUUGCUGGAGCAAGAGCAACCCAAUCGCGCAAGGCACGGGCGAGGACGCGGAGGGUUCCCGUCUGCCUCGCCUUCCCACUUUUCUUUGGCGGCUGUGUCCUCUUCUGCUCCGACUUUGUCGGCAUCUUUUUCGCGUGGAAGCGAGAGAGACCGGACGGCCGGAGAGCCGCGGAGCCCGGGGGCGCGAACCGCCGCCGAACACGCGAGAGCACAAGACGCACUGGAGGAGAGGGGAGCGAGAGGAAGAGGCAAGCGGAACGUGGAUCGAACGGAGCUGUCGAGAGCCGGUUGUGGGGAAACCUCUCCAAAGAGGCCUCGAAUCGACUCAGAAGUCUCCAACGGGACGACGCCAGAUAAGUCCGCACCCGCUACCUCCCACUGGGAGCCCGCAGGCGGCGAGGAAGAUUGUGUGUUCGAGGCGGUGGAUGACGAAGAGACAGGCGACGACGAGGGAGAAGAGACAGGAACGUUUCGGAACCAGGAGCUGAGCCUGCUAGGAAAACAGUCGAGAGAGGUUUCCGACGACGCAGAGCUGCUUACGGAGGGAGAAGAUGCGCCUACGAGUGAAGCAGACGAAGUGCACGAUGGCCAGAGUGCUUCUGCUUUUCCUCCUCUGUUUUCGCGACCGGGGCGAGGAUGGGGAGGGAGCGCGUUAGGCGUGGAACGGGAGAGCGAGCGAAGAGAGAGAGAAGGCGGCGGGGGACUCAGCGAAACGUCUCAUCUUUUGCGCGUGGCGCUGCAAGAGGAAGAGGCGAAAGAGUCUACGCCCUCCCUCUCGUGGGCGCACGCCGUCGAGGAGCAUUUGUUGACCGACGAAACCAUGAGAAAAAAUGUUGCGAGGAGAACCCGAAAACUGCGAAUUCGGCCGACGCCGUUCAUCGUUAGCGCCAGCGCCGGCUCGGGCGCCGUCGCCUACGCGCUCCGGCAGCUUCUGCCGCAUGCAGUUGUCCUCGUGGACCCGCAGCCGUCGCUCGUGAGAGAAAUCGAAGUUUUCUGUGCGGAAAGAAGAGCGCUGAGCGACAUGCUCUCAGAGGCGAGGGCAUUCAUCCCCCCAAAGGCCGCGGAAGCGAACGACGGCGGGAGAGAGAGCGGAGCUGCGGAGCAAAGAGCGAACUGCGAAAAAGAGGAAAGAGAGGGAAGCGAGGAGAGCGAGGAAGGAGAGAAGAAGCCUCGCAAGAAGAGGAAGGUGGCCGAGCGGGAGUCGAAGGGAGAAGUGACAGUGAACGAAGGUCGAGACGCCAGUGCCGUGCAAACCCUCGCGGUGUACACGGGGCCUCCGUCUUCACCCUCGACCUCCUUCUCUUCUUCAGAUUCGUCGUCUUGUCUUCCGUACGUGUUCUCGGGGACAGAUCUUUCUGUGUUUGUUCUCGUCCUGGAGCGGUCUGUCGAGCUCCAGCAGUUUCUCUCCACCGUUCAAGUUGAACAGACAGCGUGGAAGAUGCUCUUUCAGCAGAAGAAACAUCUGUUGGUGCCGGUAGACGAUCUCCUCUUCUUCACCCCCCUUUUGCCUUCUCUGACUUCGACUGGCGGGUCGGAGUGGGAAGCGAGACUCGCCGCGCGAAGAGAAGAGAUGCGCCGCGUCGUCGCUUCCGAGGAAGCCGCCAGGAGACAACAGGGCCUUCGCGAGGGGGACGAGUCGGCCAACCCCCUGUUCGGGCGAGGCCUCACGACCGCGGAGACAGCCGCGCUUGGGCUCCAGUGGAGACAGCAGUUGGGCGCGAUGGGGAUCGGCAGCCAGAGCCUCGACUCGACGCGCAGGGGAGGAGGCCGAGACGUCUUUCUCAGGCAACAGAUCGAGAAAGAAAUGAAGAGGAGACAGCAAGGAGAGAAAAACGAAACGCACGCCGGGCUCGCCUUGCGCGACCUUGAAACACAGACGCCCGACAGGCUCGGAGACACCCUUGUCUGCUCGGCAGCUCUCGAGCUCCUGCAACCCAAAGUCGUUGUCGACAUGAGAGAAAUGCGCUCGUCGCUACCUUUUGAACUCUUCUGCAAGAGGCUCCGCGUUGUCCCCCUAACUUUCGGUGUCGGAGAUUACGUCCUCACAAGGGAAAUUUGCGUGGAGAGGAAGGCGAUCUUCGACUUGUGGCAGUCGUUGCUGUCAGGCCGUUUGUACCAGCAGGCCCAGUUACUCUGCCGCUAUUACAGGUGCCCCACACUGUUAAUCGAGUUCGAGCGAGGCCGCCCUUUCGCCCUCGUCGGCUACCCAGGACUGCCUCUCGAGGCCGAGAGUCUCCGCGCUCUGGGGAACACAGCAGUAGGAUGCUGUGCGCUCCUCCACAAGCUCUUACUUCUCGUCCUUCACUUUCCUUCCCUCCGCCUCAUCUGGGCGCCGCAUUCGGCCUUUAGUGCGAAUAUCUUCAUUGCCCUCAAGACAGGCCGCGAGCAGCCCAACUUGAGUCGCAUUGAAGCGAUUGAUCGGCAGUUUCUGCUGGAGACAGAAGACAGCGAAGCGAGUCAGCGCGCCAUGAACAUGCGGCCGCUCUCGUCUUUCCAGAGCACCUUUUCGAUGCUUGGCGGCAAGAAGACUGUCUCGAAAGCCAAGCCCGACAGCGGACAGGUUGCCGCGUGCGCUUCGGCGGCGAAGGAACUGUCGCUACAGCGCGAAACGGGAGGGGAAAAGAGGGAUGAAGAUGUCCCUCCAGCUUCUCCAGCACAGCAGAGAGGAGGCGCGGCUCACCAGAGAGAGACCCACGCGCAAGACGUUGUUUGCGUUGAAGAUCGCACCGACGGCCAUAGCAAAGGCGCGAGCGCCACUGGCCUCCAGCUCGUGGGUGUACGUACACCAGAAAAGAGAAAAACCGAAAGCCGCGUUUCCGCGCCCAGUCAGCAGUUGCAACUAGCGCUCCGUCCUGUCUCUCCAAGCCAGGCGGCACGGGCAAACACAGAUCCUCCCAUCUUGUCUGACUGCGCGGAAAGCAGCGGCCUCACUGACACGCGACGUUCCGUCCUCGCUGUGCAGCUGACAGAGGAACAGAAAGCUUUGCGAGGGCGAGAAGCGACCGCUGGCCUUCGCCCCGCCUCGUCAGCCACAAACACGGCGGCUGUCGAUUUUCUCCGGCGUCUCCCGGGCGUCACGAGCAAAAACAUCAAUCUGAUUGUCUCCCGGGUGGGUAGCGUUGCAGAUCUUGCUUCCAUGUCGGAGAAGGAAAUGAUCGAUCUAUUGGGCCCAGACGACGGCCAUCACCUCUACUCUUUCCUGAACGCGCCGAUCGACUUCGACUGA